AUGGCGCUGGACAAUCAGAGGUCCAUUCAAACUGAUCCAGAUACAUUAGCAGUAGUUCUCUUCGAUAUUUGGAAAAUGUUAGAACCUCAAAUGGUAUUGUGUAUUAUUGGUGGUGCGGGUGCGACAAUGACAGAACACUUGGAAAAAGAAUUUAUUCGUGGUAUCACCGAUGCUGCCUUUGCAUCCGAUGCAUGGAUUAUAACAAAUGGAUACAAACAAGAAGUUGUUCCACGUGUCGUCGGUGAAAUAAUUUACAAAAAUCAUUUAUUGAACCCAAAGAACAAUCUUGUUGCAAUUGGUGUCAGUAAAUGGGCUAAUAUAAAAGAACGUUCUACACUUCAAAAUAAAACGUCAGAGUAUAUCGAUGCAAAACGAGAAAUUGGCAAACAUAAUUUAGAGCAACAUCAUACACAUUUUAUUUUACUUGAUGAUGGAACACUUAAUCCAUCUGAUUCGGGAGGUUAUAGAUCUAAACUUGCUAGAGAAAUAUCAAGAGGAGCGAGAAGAAAAAGUUCAUAUAAAGCGUAUAAAGAAUCUACUCAGCUGAAAAUAGUUAAAAUCUUACUUAAUUUAGUACCUCUUGUCACAAUUGUGGUAGCAGGCGGUUUGCACACAUUAACUUUUCUUCUUGGGGAAAGAUCAUUGAGAAGAAUAUAUGAAGAUGAUAUAAGAGAAGGUUUAUGUAAAGUAUUUAAAGAAGAGAUAAAAGAUUUGACCGUCUUGCAAUUUCAUGAAUCACAUUUGUACCAACGUUUGUCCGAUGGACUAAUUGAAAUAUCAUUAGAAAUGUUGGCAAUGUUCAUGUAUUGUUUACAGAAAAAUGUUCGAACAAAUAUUAAAAUAUUCAGUAUAAAUAUUGAUACAUCUUUAUAUGAUACUAUUUUUGAUGCCUAUAUUAAAGCUCGUGAGACAAUGAUAAAAAAAUAUAGAAAACAGUUACAUCACAAAGAUGAAUUAAAUUUAGCUUUAAAAUGGAGUCGAGCUAAAGCUGCCAAAGAACAUUUAAAUCUUUAUAUGGAGGAUAUGAUCGAUAUUGCAAGCAAACGAAUAUUAUUUAUGGAUGCACUAAAAAAAGAUUUACCAGCAUUUAUUAGUAAUUUCAUCAAACUUGGCUUUGAUUUGACAAAAAUAUUAUGCAAAGAUUCACAUACACUUCUGGAAUGGUGUUAUCUGGCACAGCUGUAUAAUGAUGACGAAAAGAGACACAAUGUCAGUACUGCUAAUAAAAGACCAAAACUGAUAGAAACGUUUUGA